AUGUCUGCUGCUGCUUUGGCGGUGCUUCUCAUCCCAGGGCUGCUGCUCCUCUGGGUCACAGCGAGGACAGGGAGAGACGCGCCCCCUGCGGAACUCAACACCAACAGGAGGCCCAGACCCCCCCGGACUGAGGACCCAACAGGGACCCCAACAGGGACCCCAACAGGGACCCCAACAGGGACCCCAACAGGAGGCCCAGGAAGAGGAGGACCCCUCCGGACUGAAGGCCCAACAGGGACCCCAACAUGGACCCCAACAGGAGGCCCAGGAAGAGGAGGACCCCUCCGGACUGAAGGCCCAACAUCCAGGAAAGGAGACCCCUCCGGACUGAAGGCCCAACAGGAGGCCCAGGAAGAGGAGUACCCCUCCGGACUGAAGGCCCAACAGGAGACCCAGGAAGAGGAGGACCCCUCCGGACUGAAGGCCCAACAGGAGGCCCAGGAAGAGGAGGACCCCUCCGGACUGAAGGCCAACAGGGACCCAACAGGAGGCCCAGGAAGAGGAGGACCCUCCGGACAGGACAGGACCCCAACAGGGGAGCCCAGGAAGAGGAGUACCCUCGGGACUGAGGGACCCCAACAGGAGGCCCAGGAAGAGGAGGACCCCUCCGGACUGAAGGCCCAACAGGGACCCCAACAGGAGACCCAGGAAGAGGAGGACCCCUCCGGACUGAAGGCCCAACAGGGACCCCAACAGGGACCCCAACAGGAGGCCCAGGAAGAGGAGUACCCCUCGGGACUGAAGCCCCAACAGGAACAGGAGGCCCCCCUCCGGACUGAAGGCCCAACAGGGACCCCAACAGGAGGCCCAGGAAGAGGAGGACCCCUCCGGACUGAAGGCCCAACAGGGACCCCAACAGGAGGCCCAGGAAGAGGAGGACCCCUCCGGACUGAAGGCCCAACAGGACCCCAACAGGAGGCCCAGGAAGAGGAGGAGGACUGGAGGGAGGGACCCCAACAGGAGGCCCAGGAAGAGAGACCCCCGGACCCCCAACGGACCCCAACAGGAGGCCCAGGAAGAGGAGGACCCCUCCGGACUGAAGGCCCAACAGGAGGACCCCAACAGGAGGACCCAGGAAGAGGAGGACCCUCCGGACUGAAGGCCCAACAGGGUGGACCCCAACAGGAGGCCCAGGAAGAGGAAGACCCUCGGACUGAAGCCCCCAGGGAACCCCAACAGGAGGCCCAGGAAGAGGAACCCUCCGGACUGAAGGGGGACCCCAACAGGCCCAGGAGGAGGAGGACCCCCCGGACUGACCCCAACUGGAGGCCCAGGAAAGGAGGAACCCCCGGACUGAAGGGGGACCCCAACAGGAGGAAGGCCCAGGAGAGAGGAAUCCCCCGGACUGGAGGCCCAGGAAGAGGAGGACCCCUCCGGACUGAAGCGCCCAAACCAGGAGGGCCCAAGGAGGAAUCCCCCGGACUGAAAGUUCCAGGGGAACCCCAACAGGAGGGCCAGGAAGAGGGAGGGGACUCCUCCGACUGA